AUAAAAAGUAUAAGUCGAGUCAGUAUACAGCACGAAAAGCAAAAGAAGCCAAUGAACAAUUUCAUUUCAUUGAUGCAUCCUGGAUACCUGGAGACAAUGAGGGUAUUCUGUGCCCACAAGAUAAAAGAAAAGAAGUAUUAAAUAUGGUAAAACGACAUGCAACACUUCAUCCGCUUAUACCAAUCAGCAGAGAAAUCUUUCUUACCUCAAUGGAAAUUUAUCACCAGAGUGUUAAAGAGAUGUAUAGAUUUUGUAGAGAAAACAAUCUGGUUCACUUGUGGGCAUAUCUCUGGAUUAAUUGGUAUAAUAAGUCAGAUUGGAAUCUCUUUGCCAGGGCUUCUUAUCCAAGAGCAAUACCAUUAGCAAGAACAACAAUGCUUGCAGAUUCUAACAAGAGAAUUGAUUCCUGA